CUCUCUCCCUCUCUCCGCGACUGUCUGUGAAAACACACUCUCUCCCCAGGCACACAGAAUCAUGGCCAAAGUGAAGAUCGGAAUCAACGGUUUUGGGAGAAUUGGUCGACUGGUGGCUAGAGUUGCUCUCAAGAGAGACGAUGUUGAACUUGUUGCUGUUAACGAUCCCUUCAUCUCCGUUGAUUACAUGACAUACAUGUUCAAGUAUGACAGUGUUCAUGGUCAGUGGAAGCACGACGAGCUCAAAGUUAAGGACGAUAAGACCCUUCUCUUUGGAGAGAAGCCCGUCACUGUUUUCGGCGUUAGAAACCCUGAGGAAAUCCCAUGGGCCGACACCGGAGCUGAGUACAUCGUGGAAUCAACUGGAGUGUUCACCGACAAAGACAAGGCGGCAGCUCAUUUGAAGGGUGGGGCUAAGAAGGUCAUCAUCUCUGCUCCUAGCAAGGAUGCUCCCAUGUUUGUUGUGGGUGUCAAUGAGAAGGAAUACAAGCCAGAGCUUAACAUUGUUUCCAAUGCUAGCUGCACCACCAACUGCCUCGCUCCCCUUGCAAAGGUUAUCAAUGAUAGAUUUGGCAUUGUUGAGGGUCUUAUGACCACUGUCCACUCCAUCACUGCCACACAGAAGACUGUUGAUGGACCAUCUUCCAAGGACUGGAGGGGUGGUAGAGCUGCUUCAUUUAACAUCAUUCCUAGCAGCACUGGCGCUGCGAAGGCGGUUGGGAAAGUGCUACCUUCACUGAAUGGGAAAUUGACCGGAAUGGCUUUCCGUGUUCCCACAGUUGAUGUUUCAGUGGUUGAUCUCACUGUGAGGCUGGCGAAGGGGGCUAGUUAUGAUGAGAUCAAAGCUGCUAUCAAGGAAGAGUCUGAGGGAAAAUUGAAGGGAAUCUUAGGUUACACUGAAGAUGAUGUUGUUUCCACCGACUUCUUGGGUGACAGCAGGUCAAGCAUCUUUGAUGCUAAGGCAGGAAUUGCUUUGAAUAAAGACUUUGUGAAGCUGGUUGCGUGGUAUGAUAACGAAUGGGGUUACAGUUCACGUGUGAUUGAUUUGAUUGUUCACAUGGCAUCUGUUCAGUAAGAUGGAUUAAAGGCUUGGAUGUUGCAACCUUGGUUCUUCUCCUUGGCUUGAUAAGGGUACUAGAAGGGUGUUGUCCAACAUCACUCGAGGGGAAUAAAAUGGAUUUUGUUUCUACAAUUUCUAGACUGCUUCGUGUUGUAUCUUAUAUGUCUUUUCGGCAUAGUGGGGAUGUAUGUCUGCCCCAAGGUUUAUUAUGGGUUUCCCAAGAUGUUUUUACAUUCCUAUGGUUAGCAGUACCAUAAUAUUAGACUAUUCUCGCCCACCCUGUGGGCAAAAGAACCAUUGAUCCGUAAUGUGAAUGGAAGGUCAAAUACUUAGAUGCAAUGUCUAUAUUCUAGAUGAAGAUUUGAAUGGUGGUUUUGGACCUUAAGGAUGCUGAAAGGCCAAGGUCGCAUUAUGGGUGUACCAUGUAAGCACUGAAAUGUUCCUUAACUGCCAUGCUACGGGGGAACAUAAUUUGGGAGUAAAUAUUGGAUAUAACGGAAACACCAUGUCAACGUUAUUACAUGGUGUAACAGUUGUAUUUGAAUCGUAACUUCUUAGGUUUUGUGGCGUUGUUUUUUAAAAAUUAGAGUUCAUUUGUCCACUUGUUUGUUUAUUAUUGUUGGGUGGUUAUACAAUGUGGCGAU